AUGCUGUGCUCCCCUGGAUUCCAGUCUGCCCUCAGUCCAUUCACAGACUUCUACUGGCCUGAUCUGAGGUCAGAGGUCAACCCUCUGCUUCAGCAGCAGGAUCUACUGCAGAGAAACCUACAGGAGCUCCACAGCCUAAUGGACAAACUUCAAACUGACAUUCUGGAAGAGCCUUUCCACACCAGUGAGAAACCUGCAGUGUCCUACUAUCUGCAGAAAGAGGGGGUCCUGACUCUGGACACUCAAGGCUUUUCUCCAGAGGAGCUGGGCCGCAAGCUGAGAGUCAGCGGGAAGACGGAGAAAAAGCAGGAGGACGGGGAAGGCUGCUGCUCUUAGAGACGCCAGGAGUUCACUCAGGAGUCAGACCUGCCUGAAGGAGCCGCCUCUGAAGCCGUCUCCUGCCUGGAUCCAGACAGGAGGCUCCACAUCCAGGAGCCAGGCUCCGUGUCAGGGGGGGGGGAGAAGAAGAAUUGGGGGGGAUGA